AUGGCGAGUCAGAGUUCUCUUUCAGACCAUUUGUCAAAUCCAUCGAAUCCUCUGUAUUUGCAUCCAAGCGAAAGUCCGUCGUUGGUUCUUGUUACUCCAGUAUUGAAUGGACGUAACUACCAUGGCUGGGUGCGUGCUAUGAAGAUGGCCUUAUUGUCUAAGAACAAAUUAUGUUUUGUUGAUGGAACUUACACGGUCCCUGCAGAAACUGAUCCCUUGUUCAAGGCUUGGGAGAGAUGCAAUAUCAUGGUACUAUCAUGGUUGCAUCGUUUUAUUGAUGAAUCCAUCGCAAAAUCCAUACUAUGGAUGGAGCGAGCUUUUGAAGUGUGGAAGAAUUUGUUUGAGCGAUUCUCACAAUCGGAUGUCUUCAGAGUCGCAGAUUUACAAGAGGACAUUCAACGCCUUCAACAAGGAGAGCGUUCUGUGAGUGACUUCUACACUCACUUGAAAUCACUGUGGGAUGAGUUGGAAAACCUCCAACCAUUACUGAAUUGCACUUUGUGGUGCAUCAAGCAAGAUAAAGGAAGAGGACGUGGUACCAGACUCUGUACACAUUGUGGGAGAACGAAUCAUACUGUAGAUACAUGCUACGCCAAGCAUGGAUAUCCACCUGGAUUCAGGAACAGACCAAGGCCAAGUUCAGCUAAUGCUACUGUUUCUGAUCUGAUCGUGAAUACUGAAGAACACAAGAAUGAUGAUAAGGUGCUUGUGUCACAGCAAGACUAUAAGAAUUUUCUUGAAUUUUGGCAGCAAACGAAGAUGGAACAGAAUGUUGCUCCCUCCACAACUAACCAUCAUGCAAAUUUUGUUCAAAUGGCCCAACCACAAAACAUGACUCUCAAUGUCAACUCAGACCAAUUCUCUGGACAAGUGAUUGGUUCUGCUAAACUUUACAAUGGACUGUUUGUCUUGAACUCAACAGAAGAAGCCCUCAUGAAGUCAGAAGUAGACUUUACUAGGCAAAGUAAUAGUGCAUUUGUUGAUACCUCUAUGCUAUGGCAUUAUCGUUUAGGAUAUAUAUCUGAUACUGUUAUGCAGAAUAUGUGUAGUAAAUUUCCCUUUGUGUCUUGCAAUAAGAAUGGGACUGUUUGUGACGUAUGUCAUUUAGCCAAACAAAGAAAGCUUCCCUAUGGUUCCAGUACUAGCAACUCUUCCAAAGUUUUUGAACUUGUACAUGCAGAUAUUUGGGGUUCAUUUUCUGUGCCCUAUGUAAAUGGUGAUAGAUAUUUCUUAACAAUAGUAGAUGAUUUCUCAAGGUUCACAUGGGUGAUUUUGAUGACAAAUAAAGGAGAUACCAGAAAUCAUUUGCGCAAUUUUUUCAUGCUUGUCAAAAAUCAGUUCAAUGCUUCUGUUAAAGUAAUUCGCAGUGAUAAUGGGAUGGACUUCUUGAUGCCAGAUUUUUAUGAUAAAAUGGGAAUUAUUCAUCAUAGAACAUGUGUUGAAAGUCCACAGCAAAAUGAUGUAGUUGAAAGAAAACACCAACACAUCCUCAAUGUGGCAAUGAGCCUUCUUUUUCAAGCGAAGAUAUCUCUCAAGUAUUGGUCAUUCUGCAUAUUGCAUGUUGUGCAUUUGAUCAACAGAGUUACCACUACUGUUCUGAAUAAUAGAACUCCAUAUGAAGCCUUGUUUGGCUGUCCUCCCUCCUUAAUACAUCUCAAGGUUUUUGGUUGUUUUUGUUUUGCAAGCACAUUGUCUUCACAUUGA